GUCGAAGCUUGGUUCGACGCUCUUUACGGGAACAAAAUAGCUCCGAUCCGGUCUCGGCAGAGCUUAGUCAUCGCGGGCCCAAUGACGUAACUAACCUGCACCACUCGGCAUUUACGCUGAGUUUUAAUCUGUUGCGAGGCCAAGCCGGAUUCGGCAACGCAGCGAAACCUGGACACUUUUAACCGGCUUCAACAACAAACCGACAUCAUAUCUACAUCAGAGGCCAACUGGGGCAACAUUCUCUUUAUAUAUAGCUCCUGACCUCUGGCCCUUAAUCAAGAAAGCAGAUAUUCCCCCCUUAUUUGACUCUCAAUUGACCAAAUACCAACCAUCCCGAAUCCCCCGGUUAUCAAAACAAACAUCAACCAUGGCUACCUCCGUCCUUCGCUCCACAGUAGGUGGUGCCCUUCGAGCUGGUGCUGUGGCAGCUCGACCAAAUACCGCAGCUAUGUUAGGAGCCGCAGGAGCGCGCCCCAUUUCAACCAAAGCCACCCUCCCAGAUCUAAAAUAUGACUACGGCGCCCUGGAGCCCUCCAUCUCCGGCAAAAUUAUGGAACUCCACCACAAAAAACACCAUCAAACCUACGUAAACUCCUUCAAUGAUGCUGUCGAGAAACUAGCCGCCGCACAAGGAAAAGCAGACAUCCAGACCCAGGUGCAACUGCAGGCCCUGACCAACUUCCACGGCGGUGGACAUGUCAACCACUCCCUGUUCUGGGAGAAUCUGGCCCCCAAGAGUGCCGGUGGUGGUGAACCACCUUCUGGUGCCCUGGGUAAAGCCAUUGACGAUUCCUUCGGGAGUUAUGACGGUUUCAAGUCUACGUUCAACGCAGCAUUGGCGGGCAUUCAGGGGAGUGGGUGGGCGUGGCUGGUUAAGGAUAAGCAGACAUCGAAGAUUGCGAUUAAGACCUAUGCUAACCAAGACCCCGUCGUCGGCCAAUUCAAACCCCUCCUGGGUAUUGACGCAUGGGAACAUGCCUACUAUCUCCAAUACGAAAACCGCAAAGCAGAAUACUUCACCGCCAUAUGGGACGUCGUGAACUGGAAGGCUGCUGAACAGCGUUUUGCUUAAACCAAAAGAUGAAUCUACCUAACUAAUUACAACCACUUUCCUGUACAAGACGCUUUUCCUACUAGAAACAAAGAAGAAAUUUCAUAAAUUAAACAUGUGCUUAGUUUGGUUCAUUUUUGUAGCCAGGGGAGAUUGCAAAUUGAGCUUUGACCAAACCUGGCAAACCAACCUCUCCUUGCCACGCCAAUUGCCCAGCCUGUAUGGACAUGUAUCUAUUGUAUGUACAUUACAUAUAACAUUUUCUCCGAUUGACUUCUCUGGAUAUCAUAAAAUUCAACAAUACUUAUGUAUCUCUUUUUCAAACCCUCUUAAGAUAUUUUAAAUCAGAAGAAGAAACAGGGACUGAAGGGAGGAGCAGAAAGCAACAGCUCGCACGAAAAUGAUACAUUAGUUUUAUGUUAUUUACUAUCACCCACUACAUUCCACUGAUGAUCCCUCGUCAUGUGUUAUGGCAUAUUAAUCGUAGAAGAAGAGUGGAAAAAGGAAGAACAACAACACGCCAUCCCACCCAACAAACUUCGAGAGAAAAGAGUCCGGAAAACGAUAUAAACAAAUUUAAAAGAACAGAAAAAAUUGAAUUGGAGCACCACAACCCCCAUACCGUACCGCAAGUUCUAACGAAUGAAUAAAUAUUAUAUAUAAAGCGAGAGUUGUCCGUGGCAUGAUCAUUGUUAUAAUUUCAGUUUCCGAUCCCCACCAACAAACAACCGCUUUAUAUACUUUUUAUCUUUCAUUUGUGGAAAGACGUCAGAAACGACAAAACUAUAAAAAGAAACAUCCCAUCUUGCCAAGCGGAUCCCAUCGCGUCGUAGUGCAUUUUCGCGUUUGUGUUAAAAGUUACAUGAUGCUUGCUAGAUGGGAACAAAAAGACAUAAAGAAGAGCACCCCGUAAGAAACGUUCAGACGAACACAUAAAGGGGGGGAAAAAAGGAACACGGCAGAAGCAGAAACGGAUAAAGGCCAGAGCAAAUCAGGACGACUCAAUGCUUAUCGCUACAUGUACUCAUACAUUUGUACUGUUCAAAGCACAAAAAGGGAAAAGAGAACGGAUACAAAAAAAAACACGGUAAAAAAGAACAUGAAAGUAUGAAAACAUAAAAGAUAUGGGAAGGGGGAGAGAAACCCGUCCCCAUUCCCCCAAUUCCCUCUCUUCCCGGGUUCCUUAAUAAUAAUAAUAAAAACACAAUCGGUAACCAGCAAAGGACAUUCUCAAGCAAGCACCAUAAUUCAACCCUUUUCAGACAGCAGGUCUCCACGACCCCCGCCUCUGCGAAAACCUCGACCCCCGCCUCUCGAUCCCGCUGCCUUCGGUUUCAGGCGUAUAAGCCAGAUCUACGGGUGCAGUGGCGUGUUUUUGCAUACCGUUGAUAUAACUUUUGUGGGUAUUGUUGAUAUCCACCUGACGCGCAUGGGCGACGGCGUAGGACACUGAUUUGGAACUUGUAUUGUGGGCUUGGGUUGAGUAUGGGAAAGCGGUAGGGGAAGAUAUGGCGGAUGCUACCCUUGUCGCUCCUAUUAUUUUUGGGCCGGUGGGCGUAGGUGUAUUUCUCGCGGAUGUGGUAGAGCCGCGGUUGCUACUAUGAUUAUUCUCUUUCUCAUGGGUCUGUGUAGGGGUAGUAGUGGAGCUUGUCGCGCCACGCAUCCAACCAAAUAUACCAAGGGAGCUAGGACGUCGUUUGCUCGUCUCGGGCGCCUCUGAUGUGCGCGGGCGACUGCCUGCGGCCGUAUUGCGUGAUGUUGAUGUCGAUGUCGGUGAUUUCAAGGUUCCUGCAUCCCCAUUUUGCGUGUUGUUGUUGUUGUUGUUGUUGU